AUGGAACUAGAAAAUAUUGAUCCUUUGCCUCAAAGUAUUUCGUCUACAACUAUUUCGUUGAUAUUCCAGACAACUGAGUCUACUUUACAACAACCCACAAAUUUAAUAGCAUUAAAUUCUGAAUUUGAGAGUAUAAAUGAUGAGUUUGACAAGCAAUCAGACGAUGAGUUUGACAAACAAUUGGAACUUUAUGAAGGGCAAAAGUUUAAAACAGUUGAAAAAGCUUAUAUUACAGUUAAAUUAUUUGCUCAUUCAAAUGGAUUUGGAAUUCGAAAAGGACAUGUUGAAAAAGAUGCAAGUGGUGUACAUGAAAUUUCAAAAUCAUUCCUUACUAAGGAGAUAUUAAAGGAUAUUGAGUUUUAUACUCUAUCAGGAAAAAUCAAUGCAAGUGCUCAAUAUCGGCUUCUUUUAGAAAAGUACAAAGUUCCGAUUCAUCACAGUAAUUUAUACAAUGCAAUUACAAAGAUCAAAAGAAUGGCCUCACAUGGAGAUAAUGAUGAAGCAGAAUUAGCUUUAUAUGCUGAUAGGCAUUCUUGGGCAAGAGCUUAUACUUUUCGUCACUUUACUGCUAGUGCACAAGCAACAAGUCACAUGCAAGACGACGAUGAUGAUGACGAUGCAGCAUUCAUCGAUAAUGCUUUUGAUUAUCCAUUGGCUCAUUCCCUUGUGCUCUUCAAACAAGUUGAAGAUAAAGUAGUUGAAGUUUGGGAAGUGAUACAUAUGACCUGGCAACAUUCCCAGCUUCUUGUAUUUUUACUUUCGGAUGGCUCUUUUAUAUGCAGCUCUGCUAAAUUUUCGAUUAAUUUUGUGGCAAAGUGUUGGUUGCUUGAAAAAUAUCAAGAUGAAGAUCUUGGUAUGCAAUCUCUUGUCAAUUUAUCCACAGUUUUUUUGUCAGAAUUAUCUGAAGCAUUAGCUCCAAUGACUAUAUUAUCAUCAAAUGAAUCCUCAAGUUUAUUUUCUGUAUCAAAUGAAAUGUCCACUAUGACUCGCCUUUCAUCAUCUGUCGCUAUUAAUAUCGCUAUUGAAAAGGAUGACCUGAAUGUUCUUAAAUCUUUAAAAACCUAUAUUCUUCAAAAUAACUGUUCUCUUGUUGAGAAUACAACUAAUGCAUCCACCUCUGGCCAUAAAACAAGUAUACUCAAAGAACAUUCUGAACCAAAUGUUAUUAUUGAGAAGUUAUCAAAAGCUCAAGAUAAACAAUCAAAAUCAGUACGUGGCCCCAGGACUAACACAUGUGGGGAAUAUAGUGGCAAAGCAACUUCUUAUGAACUUAUUGAAAGCCCACCUAGGUCUCCACUCAAUGAGAUAUUAACUAAUAUAUCAGAAAAGAUUAGUGCUGAAUCAUACAGAUAUUGUGGUGCUUUAUUUGGAUCUUUUCGUCAUGCUGUGUUUGAACAUAUCUUUAAAAGUAAGAUUUCACCAACAGUUAAUUCAGAAAGUUCUGAAGCCGAUAUAAUCUCUUGGAAAUCAAGUGAAGCAUAUGAUGGUGUCAAAACAAUUACUAAAAAAGUUCAAGAAGAUUCGAGUUCAUCUGAUAGCGAACAAAAUUAA